AAGCCGGCGCCCUCGUUUCACAAGUUCCUUCAGUAUACGCGCGUAGCUACAUUCGGUUGGACCCUAUCCCGCGUCGCUUGAAAAUCACGUCACCCUGACAUCGGGGAAAUUUCCCACGAGAAAAGUAUUUCGUCGUCCGAACUGCGUGUCAAAUUACCACUGUGUUUAUCUGAAUUUAAUCGGAAACAAUUGAAGCACGAAUCGAAUUCACUCCCUUAAAGUGUCCUAUAAAUUUAUACCGCUCGUUUUAAAUCGAAACUUUAAAAAAUUAAAAAAAAAACUGCGUACAUCGAGAGAUUCCGCAUUGAUCGACUUCAUAGAAACUCCGAGCAAACGUCGAUGUAAAUUGUCAACCUAAAGUUCGCGAAUCACACGACUUUGUCAAGAACUUUGGCAAUAAUGUUAUUUAUUUCAAGCAUUAUGCAUGUGGUUUAAAAUAAUUCCUAAAUUAUUAUUUACGUGCAAAACAAAUUUUUAUAAUUGCAGUGCAUAAACUAGAUAGUUAAAAGGGUUAAUUUUAUCUCGUAAAAAAGUUUUGAUUGCAAACGAAGAUUAUUCAUGCCUUCUGUGAAUAGAAUCAGAAAUUUCAAGAUGUAAUUCCAUCUUUUGGAAGAUACUUCAAUUGCGCAUGCAGGGCAUUCAUAAUUUCCUUAUCACGGCCAUCAGAGAUUCAAUCGAUUUCAAUUUACGCGAGCUGGUACUGCCAAGGCAAUCUCAAAUUCCUUUACUUCUUCCAGUUCGUUUGAUAAUGCCCGCCUGGAGAAUUUUUUCGACAAUGAUACCACUUGAAAUUCUCUACGGGAUAAAAACCGCGGCUUAUUUGCGCAUGUAACCAUUAUCAAAUAUUUAUUCACAUCGAGGCCAAUAUAGUGUUCCAGCGCGAAAGAAGAAGGAUGGCAACAUUAAAAGACGAAGUUUAACUCGGGAGGAUUUGGCAAUGAUUAAUGCGACGAAGAGGUGAUGUAAUGUGGCGAAACUUUGGUUGGACGGCCAUUCUGGCCACAUGGACCAUAUUGCUGAUUUUGAAUAGCGGCUUAGCUGGUGAACGGAUUCUUAAUAAGCUACAAGACGACAAUGAAGGAACUCUUUAUACAGUUCAUCAUAGAGCGACGUAUCCCAUUUUCGAUAAGAAAGUCGAUGAUUCCAGAUUACGAUUCGCGAGAGAGAAGUCUAAAUCGAAUAAUCGUUUACCAAUGCAUGUGAAAGCAGUUUCUCUGGAAUUCAAAAAUACGGAAAAUCGCGAUUCACGAGUCAGUGGCUAUGAAAAGUACAUUGCGAUGUCAAAUGCAUGGGCUACGACGAAGUACUUACAAGACAGCGACGACAAAAGUGCGCAACUGAUUACAAAAAGAAUGGCAACGGAAAACAUAUGGUCGAAGGUUAUUCUUACGGAAAAGUUAAAGAAUAUAAAGAAUUAUAUUAAAUUCAUGUUCGGCCUACGCCCGUCGCCAUCGACAUCUCGAGAAUUAAAAAGUGCUUCGAAAAAGAGAAAACGUAAAGGAAGAACCGUCUACAUAUUCUUGAGCGAUCGUGAAAAGGCAGGAACGAUAAGACACGGUACUCAGCCGUUUGACAAAGAAAACCGACGGCGGAAAAAACACGAGAGGGAUCGAAUCUUUAGCGGAGAGAACGAAAUGACCGCAUUCUUCCCUGACCAAUUUACAAAGAACCCGCGUAGCGAGAAAGAAAGUUCUAUACAGAAGCUAAAAAAUUCCAAUAUCUUGCAACUCGAAACAACAGAAAAUAUCAAGUCUAAAUACGCCGACGAAAUACAUGAAAGUAAUAGGAAUGAAAGAGAUUCCCAUCUAAGUCUCAAGUUGACGAAAAGUAAAACAAAAACCAAAUCUGAAAAACCAGGGCCAACUUUUUCAAACUACUCAAAUUUAAAGGAAAAUCAAAGUGGAGAAGAAGAAACUAUUACAACUACUACAGAUGACACAGAGAAUUCACCGUAUGUGCGUACAAUACCUGCCACCUGGACUACGAUAAUCUUCAACUCCAAAAUCUCGAGUGCAAACGGAGAAGUUGGUGAUAAAGAAAGCACCGUGAGUCCCUAUCACUUUUCGAAAGACGAGUAUUCGAAAUCCUAUAAAGCGGAUAAGUUUCUAGUAGCCGAAACACACAAACGCGACGAAUAUUCAAAGGCAGGAUUUAAAGUAAGUACAGAUAUACACGGGAACGCGAAAGGAAAUGGGAACAUCGAUUCGUUCACUUUUCCCGCAUUAAAUUCGCUCGAUAACCGUUUUAUUAGAAAAAGAGUCAGCUUCACAAGACAUCCCAUUCUAUACAAAAAAAACGCAUUAAAGGCAGAUAUAUUCGACUCACGACAUCAAUAUCAUUCUUCAAUAAGUAAUACUGAUGCGAGAAUAAAUAGAAAAACAGCGAAUCAUGGCGAGACAAAGGGAGAAAAAACGAAAGAAAAGAAGAUUACCGUCGCUGCGAACUACGCAGCGCACGAAGCGUUCGAAAUCAAGAGUGAUCUGUUACCAAUUAAUUUAACUACCAAGGGAAUAUACGAAUCAAACUUAGACUAUCAGAUGCCAGCGCGUAUUUCAGUCACGCAGAAAAGGAAUCCGAUGCACGUGCGACACGUCGAAUCCGACGCGAACUUUGAACGCCCGUGGACGACCGAGUUCGAGAUCGAAGUUCGUGACGCGUUUCGAAUCGGUCUUCGGAAUGUUACCGGUUCAUCGAAGAUCGCAAAAUUCGGUAGCCCCCUCGAUCAGGAAGCUCAUGAUCGCCCGCAAUACUCGCGGAAAUUUCAUGCAAUCGGCGCACGGCGUCCACACAUCGCUACGACAACUGAUGGAAGAUCGGAACUCGACGAAGAGUCUCGAAGAACUUCAACCGACAGCAUAUCUAUCUUUUUCGGUGCAACGGAUGUCAGCGAUAAUUCGACCGGGAUGCGAAAGAUUAAUGGGGACGUGCAGUCAUCGAGCGAACUUACGACUGAGCCCAGAUUAAAAAAUGUAAGAGUUACGACGAGACGAGGUGGAAACCAUCGUGACGUCCAUCCUGAAGAAUCCGGAUUUUAUUCGCGAAGCGGCGGUGUCCAUAACUCAAAGAAUCGACGAUACAAACGCCACGAGGAUCAAAACACUCCAGGGAUUUCAACAUCAAUCGAAUUCGACAGUAAAAUAAAUAAGACACUCGAUACGACAAAGACGACGACAACUACAUCGAACUCGCCAAUCGAAUUUACCGCGAAUCUAUCCAUUGCGACGACUCAAACAAAUAACGUAGACCAAAUAUUAACUAGCGCGAAAAAAGUUAAUACAUCUAUUGAAACACUGCCAUCUUCGAAAUACAAAAAAUUCCAGAAAGAAUGGCAAUCAAUCCCAUUGACGACUGAUCGCGAUGAAAUCCCCACAAAUGGUUCGGCAAGAAUGGGUUCUGAUACUUCUGACUCAUUAGAGAUAUCGCUGAUAAAUUCUCCGUCGAAUGCCAGCUUGGUAGAGACGCCACUUCUAAUCCAAACGCUCGAUCGAUCGAGACCGAUAACCAAAAUAGACAACUCUAUCAUUCCGAAAGAAGUUCCUUCAGCUGUGGACGCAAAUGUAUCAGACACUGCGAACAAGAUCGUCUUCGAUGUGUCCUCCUCGACCGAGCUCAUUAAUUCGCAAGAGGGACACGAAGCGUACGGUAACGAAUCCGUUUGGACUAUUGAUCCAUUUCGUCAAAGGAACAAUGAUUCUUCCCAAGAUAUCUUCGAGAAUCUCAUGGAGAACGUCGUCGAUCCAUCGGGCGGUGACGUGCUCUCAGACCAGUGGCCAGUAAAGCGUAGCGCGGUGGUCGAAGGUGAUCUCGUCCUAGGGGGACUGAUGAUGGUGCACGAAAGGGAAGAUACAAUUACAUGCGGUCGUGUAAUGCCUCAGGGCGGAGUUCAGGCUCUAGAAGCCAUGUUGUAUACGUUGGACAUUCUGAAUGAUCGGGAGAUUGUGCCUGGCGUCAAGAUUGGAGCGCACAUACUCGAUGACUGCGACAAGGACACGUACGGUCUUGAGAUGGCAGUGGAUUUCAUUAAGGGUUCGAUAAGCAACAUAGACGGUGCGGAAUAUCACUGCAACAAAACUGCCGUGCGAAAAGUAAUCAGUGGAGUCGUUGGUGCAGCGAGUUCAGUAACUUCGAUCCAGGUUGCCAAUCUUCUACGAUUGUUUAGAAUUCCGCAAGUCUCCUUUUUUUCGACGAGUCCAGAGCUUUCCAACAAACAACGCUUCGAAUAUUUCACCCGCACCAUACCUAGCGAUCACUAUCAAGUCAAAGCAAUGGUCGACAUUGUAUUGACGAUGGGAUGGAGCUACGUUUCCAUCAUUUACGAGGAGAGCAACUACGGUAUAAAGGCUUUCGAGGAACUCGAGGAACUACUAGGGAAACAUAACAUAUGUAUCGCUGUCAAAGAAAAGUUGGUGAAGGACUCCGGAGUCGCCGAGGAAGUUGCCUACGACGACAUAGUUUCAAAGUUGUUGACAAAACCACGAGCGAGAGGUUGCAUUAUCUUCGGUUCCGACCAAGAAGUCGCCGGGGUCAUGAGGGCGGUCAGACGUCGCAACGUGACCGGAGUUUUUUCCUGGAUCGGAAGCGACGGCUGGAGUGCAAGAGGAUUAGUGAGUAACGGUAACGAGCCGGAAGUCGAGGGCACUCUAUCGGUCCAACCUCAGGCGAACCCUGUUAAGGGAUUCGAAGAGUACUUCCUCAACUUGACCGUCGAGAACAAUCGCAGGAACCCGUGGUUCGUCGAAUUUUUGGAAGAUCAUUUUAAAUGCCGAUAUCCAAACGCGCCCCGUACGCCAUAUAAUAAUUAUACAAGAAAUUGCACGAUGAAGGAACGUCUCACCAAACAAAAUACGGCCUUCGAGGACCAACUGCAAUUUGUUUCCGAUGCAGUAAUGGCAUUCGCUUACGCUUUUCGAAAGAUGCACAAUGAUCUUUGUAAGGGAAAAAGAGGGUUGUGCGAUGAAAUGAAACCGAUUAAAGGAACGACACUUUUGCAGUAUCUGCGCACGGUGGAUUUCGAGGGUCUAAGCGGAGACAAAUUUAAAUUCGACGAGAACGGCGACGGACCAGCGCGGUACAACAUCAUACACUUCAAGCAAACCGAACCGGGCAAGUACAAGUGGAUUCGCGUUGGCCAAUACUUGGAAGGCCGGUUACUACUGAACAUGUCGGAAAUCCAAUUUAAGCUCGGACAUCCUCGGCCACCCGUAAGCGUGUGUUCCUUGCCUUGCGAAGUCGGUCAAGCAAAGAAAUACGUUGAGGGUGAAAGAUGUUGCUGGCAUUGCUUUAAUUGUACUCAAUAUCAGAUACGGCAUCCCGAAGAUGAGACCCAGUGCACUCAAUGUGAACGAGGUACUUUGCCGGACGAAACACAUUCGAUGUGCCGAGAAGUUCCGGAAGAGUUUCUACGUCCGGAAAGUGGUUGGGCAAUAGGCGCCAUGUCUUUCUCCGCCACAGGAAUUUUGGUAACAUUAUUUGUCUGCGGCGUUUUCCUCAAACACAACGACACACCUGUCGUACGCGCAUCUGGACGAGAACUAUCUUAUGUUCUUCUCUCGGGAAUUCUACUCUGUUAUUUGGUCACAUUCACUCUGAUAUUCAAACCUACACACAUUGUCUGCGGUAUUCAAAGAUUCGCCGCAGGCUUCUGCUUCACAGUAGUAUAUGCGGCUCUAUUAACGAAGACCAAUCGAAUCUCAAGAAUCUUCAAUGCCGGAAGUGCAAAGAGGCCGUCCUUCAUAUCACCGCGGUCACAACUUAUUAUCUGCUCCGGAUUGGUAUCCGUGCAAAUCUUAAUUAACAUAGUUUGGAUGAUCAUCGAUCCUGCUAGAGCGAUGCAUCACUACCCCACGAUGGAAGACAAUCUGCUCGUAUGCAACAACUACAUCGACACCAGCUAUAUGAUCGCAUUUACAUAUCCUAUAAUAUUAAUAAUUGUGUGUACUAUCUACGCCGUACUCACGAGAAAAAUUCCAGAAGCUUUCAACGAAAGCAAGCACAUCGGUUUAACGAUGUAUACGACAUGCGUCAUAUGGCUUGCUUUCGUACCUUUGUACUACGGUACCGGAAGCAACGUCGCACUGAGAAUUACCUCGAUGUCUGUAACAAUCAGUCUCUCUGCAUCCGUGACGGUAGUUUGUCUCUUCAGUCCAAAGUUGUACAUUAUUUUAAUUCGGCCCGAGAGAAAUGUACGGCCGACCGUGAGAGCAGGAAGGCCUAACCCGACGAAAAGUUCGGCGAUAACUGCCACAAAUGCCUCAAGUACGAUGAUGGGGCCGGUGACGGCGACAACAGUUCUAACAGCCGCUACAUGCGAUCAGAAUAAAGCCAUCAAGAAACAUAUCGCGUCCACGAUAGACUGCUCCACUCAGAGCGAAUGUUACGAAAUGGAACUGAAGGAACAAAAAAAUGGGGAGCCGCUGACGACGUGUAUUUCGCGAUCAACGCAAACGACUAUCAAUGAGAAGGAAUUUGUGACUGUCGUAACGAGUAAUAAAAAAUCGCCGGACGUAAUCGUGUCCGCGAGUAACAUGGAAUCAAUAAAUAGUACGACAACAACGAAACGACUCAACAGCAACGCGAGGGUAGGCAAUGGACCGCUUUCUCAGAGCGACGUCUCCUUAUAGCGGAAGGUAGAACUGUCAACAGAAUCGCCGAUAUUAACUGUUAGUUUAAAACCGAUCUCGAAGAAUCCCGUUAUCGUCUGAUUCAUUAUACUGUAUAUACGACUAGAUUUAUGCCAAAGAAUUUUUCAGUAUAACAAGAUAGGCAAAAAAAAAUCGUUUUAAAAAUUAUUUUAAAAAACAAUUUAUCAACAGACGCUCCUCGCCAGGGUUGGCCAGUAAAAUGACAGCAACCAAACGCUGAAUUAUUGGUAAUGCGUAAUUAAAAUUAUAUAUACUGUUGAAUUAGAAUUGAGUGAAAUCUCUGAAGUAGAAGAAAUUUAUUAUACGUAUUGUAUGACGUGUCGAAAAUAUGUAUAUUCUGAGAUGCGCAUGAUAUACACUUGUAAUUUUAAGUUAUACGUGACAAAUAAACAUAAAUGAGCAUACAAUGAAAGAGUAUUAGGAUUAAAAAAAAAUUUUAUUACUUACAAUUGGUUAUAACAAUGCAUGCAACAUAACGUAUUACUUACAAUUAGUUAUAACAUAAUGUAUGCAACGAAAAAAUAUGUAUAAUUUAUAGAAUUAUUCUCUUUGAAUCUCUCAUUAUUUCAAUCCAUUAAAUAUAUCACGUAAAAUAUGAAAAA